CCUCAACAUCAUCCUGCUGCAGACGAACACCAUACACACUGCCAUCCGUCUUCUCUGCAUUCGUCCACCUUGAUUCUCGCGUGAGUGUGGGCUCUGCUCCUGGAUGUUCCUCAGCUUGCGCGAUUUGCAAUACAAACGAUGGCUUAGAACACCCUGACUGCAGCAACAAGUUCAAGCGUUGCGGCCCAUGGGCAUUGCGAAGAGCAUACGGAGAAAAUGGGCAAAGCAGAAGAAUUCGAGACCGGCCACCAGGACCGUGUGACCGUUUUGCACACGAAUUUCAACGGCACCAGGAUUCUGACAGGAUCAAUCGACCACCGCAUCAAGGUCUGGGAUCGAGACGUGAAAACCGGCGAGCGCACGUUGAUUGACACUUUUACCGCGCAUGACUCUGAUAUCAGAGAUGCCAAGUUCUUCCACCCCACAACAGGCUCGCACAUCGCCACGAUCGGCAACGACCUGAAAUUCCAGUUAUGGAGCGAAGACGUCUCUCAAGCACCCAACAGCGGGCGCCGGUUUCGACGCACCACUACCAUACAAUCUGCACCACGCGUUCCCUUUGUGUCCUUGGACAUCAAGACCACCGACAACGUGUACACCACACUGGCCCUCAUUGACCGACAGGGUCUUUUGAGCAUCUACGAACCCAGCAACCCGGACGACCUGCGGGAGUGGACAUUGAUCGACUCCUUCAACGUCUGCGGCACCAACCCUCCAGGCCGGGGCGAGGAAACCAGCUUCAAAGUCCGGUGGGACCAGAACCCAACGCCGUUAGCUUACAUCAACAGUCUGAGCGACGACAGGAGUCAACUAAGCCUCGUGGUCUCGGCCCUCAACGAAGUCAAAAUCUACAGAUCCACCAUCCCCGGCAGCGACGGAAUGUCCACUUCAGGUUCCGGUCCAGGAACAAAUGCGAAUGCGAACAUAAUGGGCGGCACUAACGCCAGUGCUGAUGGCGCCAGUCACAGGAUCAUGUUCUACGAAGCCGCACGGCUGCCUCGUCAUCCUGCCCUGGUUCGCGACGUGCAAUGGGCCCCGUUCAGCGUUCGCGGUACCGACCGCCUCGCCACGGCCUGCAAGGACGGCACCGUGAGAAUAUUUGAGCUCGGCGUGGUCGAGACUCCGGACCGUAAUAGAUAUGCUGGUGGCAGCGAUGGUGCUUCCAAACUGAAUAGGACCCACACUACUACUACCACCUCUGACACCACCGAUGCAUCAUUGCCAGCUAAUGUGCAGCAACAACAGCAGCGUCAAUACCAACAGCAACAACAACAACAGCAGCAGCAAUCCAGCCUCACAUCUGCCAUCACUGGCCGCGCUAUACAGCAGCAGCACCAGUUACAACAAGGCCCUUCAUCCGCCGCACUCAGUGGUGGCCCUUCACGCACCACGCGCACAGGUUACAUUUUUCCCUUCACCACUACAAUCCAGUCCUCGACCUCGCUGUCCAGUGCCCAUUCCGACGCAUGGUCAUUGGCCUGGGACGGCCAGGGUCAGGUGCUGAUGAGCAAUGGCUCCGACGGCGUCACAAAGUUGUGGCGCAAGAGUAUUCUGGGCGGCCAGUGGCUGGUCUUUGCGGGACAGGAAGUUCUGGAUAGGAGAGCUGGGGAGGACGACGACGAUGAUGACGAGGAGGAUGAGGACGAAGGCCUUGAUGGCGAUGAUGCAGCAGAUUACAAUGGCCGAGUCCGCAGCCGCUCUCGCAGCAACUACAUCCGUAGAGAUGAUGACGGCGACCGGGAUAGUGAUUUAUAACAGCACAGCAUGGUGCGAUUAAUUCGUUUGGCUUCCAAAGUUUGAUGAGAGUAGAACAAAUACGGUAAUGGUAACCUUCUACAGAGUAGUACAUUGUACUACCUUAAUCAGCCCGUGAAAUAUGGACUCGUCACAAGCGUGCUAUCUC